AUGGCUUAUCCUUGCGUCAAAAGAAACGUAUUUUCACUUCUUCCUCUUCUCGUUCUUCUAUCAAUCACCCCUUUGUCUUCAUCUUUAUCUCCGAGUGACAAAAUCACAAAAGAUUUACUUCAGCAACUCUGCGCAAGUCCGCACAUUGACCACCCCUUCUGCAUCACUUGGCUAACCGCUGAUCCUACAACAUUCACCCUCGACCUACAAGGUCUUCUCGAUUUAGUCUUCCAAAAGACGCAAUUGUUGGGCUAUAAGAGCCUAGCGGCGAUGAAAGGCGCAGUGAGAACCACUACUGAUCCGACGCUCAGGACCUCAUAUGAGACUUGCGUGAGAGAUUAUGAAGGAGCCAUUAAAGCGAUCGAGGAAGCUCAAGGGUCUGUGACCUCUAAGGCGUACCAGUUAGCAUCUCAAGGGGCUGCUAAAGCCUUUGUUAGUAUAUCAGUGUGUGAAGCUCAGUUUGAAGGACGGGAUGAUGUGCCGGUUUAUGUAACGAAGCUCAAUUUGUUUUUUAAAAGAUUUUGUAACAUUGAUAGGGUUUUCUCUGACGUUUUGACUUCUUUUAUGAAUCUUUCACCUGCAUGAUGGCAGAAACUAUUCAAUG